CCUAGAUUUCUACUGUCACUCACCUUGAAGCCACUACUUGCCAUCGCAACAACCACUGCGCCCCACUAUCACGUACUCCACGACCCAGGAUACGUCCGUUGCUGUCGCGAGAUUACGUUGCGACUUCCUUCCACGACUUUACAGCCUGCGCAUUACACUCACCAUGCCACCCCAAAUCAAAACCGACCUGAACCGAUCCGGUUGGGAGACAACCGACUUCCCGUCCGUCUGCGAGAAAUGCCUGCCGGAUAGCCAAUACGUGCAGAUGCUGAAGGAGGACUAUGGCGCAGAAUGCAAGAUCUGCACGCGACCCUUCACUAUCUUCCGCUGGAAAGCCGACCGCACCGCGCGACAAAAGCGAACCAACAUUUGCCUCACAUGCGCCCGUUUGAAGAACUGCUGUCAACACUGCAUGCUUGAUCUGUCGUUCGGUCUGCCCAUCGUAGUCCGCGAUGCUGCGCUGAAGAUGGUAGCGCCCGGCCCACAGAGCGACAUCAACCGCCAGUACUAUGCGCAGGAGCACGAGAGAGAGAUCGAGGAGGGACGGGGAGCGAUGGAGGCGUAUGAGAAGACGGACGAGAAGGCGCGCGACUUGCUCAAGCGUCUGGCACAGAGUGAACCCUACUACAAGAAGCAGCGACGGAUAGAGGCUGAAGAGGGCGAGAGCAGCCAGAAGGCGUUACCAGCGCCGGGCGGUGGCGGCGCAGGAGGCGAGAGCAGUCACGUUCCUGGUCCGAUCAGAACACGAGACUCGCGAGGUACACCUGCACGAGGAGGCAUGAGGCCUGGAAGAGGAGGUCGCAUGGGCGGUGCAUCCGCUGAGCCAAACCCACAAGACUGGCUGCCACCUUCGGACCCCAACGUCGCAUCGCUUUUCGUCACGGGCGUGGAAGACGAUCUUCCUGAACACGAGCUCCGCAAGCACUUUUCACAGUACGGUCAACUUCGGUCGCUAGUAUGCUCGCACCGAGCGCACUGCGCAUACGUCAACUAUGUAAAACGAGAGGACGCCGAGACAGCAGCAGGGACACUAAAGGGCAAGGUGGUCAUCAAGGGUUGCCCUAUGCGCGUAACCUGGGGCAAGCCCAAGCAGUUGGACAGCUUGGAUCAAAAUGUCAGAAUGCAAUAUGCAAAGGAAGGACGACAGGCGACAGGCUCAUCGCGACGGGCAGCUGCUUCCCAAGCUGCUGUCGAGGCGGCACCACAAAACAGUCUGGAUAGCAUGGUUGUGGCACCUCCGCCAGGAGCGGACGACGAUGUGCAGUACGCCAGUUUGGCCGGCAAUUAGGCUUGCAUCUCCUGCAUUGGGUCGGCGUUUUGGAAUGUACGGGUAUCAUGAUUUAUUUUUUGUGGAUAAAAGCCUAGGAGGAACAGCAUUUGGUUCCUCCCAAUGUAGUCUUUCCCUUUCCCUUCUUGAUAUCCUCGUUGUCGCCUCUUUCGGUGUGCUCGUGUAUCCGUAGCU